UGUUCAGCGGCGGCGGCGGCCGCAGCUCGGGUCGCAGCCUCCGGCCGCCCGCCCGCCCGCCGGCAGGUCCGCGCGCGGCCAUGGAGCUGGAGGUGCCGGACGAGGCGGAGAGCGCCGAGGCGGGGGCCGUGACCUCGGAGGCGGCCUGGGCGGCAGAGAGCAGUGCGGCAGCAGGUUCGGCCCCGAAAAAGACGACCCCAGUGGAGGCCCCAUUGAUGACUGGACAACCAGGCCCUGGCCACGGGAAGAAGCUGGGUCAUCGGGGUGUGGACGCAUCCGGCGAAACCACCUACAAGAAGACCACGUCCUCCACCCUGAAGGGGGCCAUCCAGCUGGGCAUUGGCUACACCGUGGGCAACCUGAGCUCCAAGCCGGAGCGCGACGUGCUCAUGCAGGACUUCUACGUGGUGGAGAGCAUUUUCUUCCCCAGUGAAGGCAGCAACCUCACCCCCGCCCAUCACUUCCAGGACUUCAGGUUCAAGACCUACGCGCCCGUCGCCUUCCGCUACUUCCGGGAGCUCUUUGGGAUCCGGCCGGAUGACUACUUGUACUCGCUGUGCAAUGAGCCGCUCAUCGAGCUGUCCAACCCCGGUGCCAGCGGCUCCCUGUUCUACGUCACCAGCGACGAUGAGUUCAUCAUCAAGACGGUGAUGCACAAGGAGGCUGAGUUCCUGCAGAAGCUGCUGCCCGGCUACUACAUGAACCUCAACCAGAACCCGCGGACGCUGCUGCCCAAGUUCUACGGGCUGUACUGUGUGCAGUCGGGCGGGAAGAACAUCCGCGUGGUGGUGAUGAACAACGUGCUGCCGCGCGUGGUCAAGAUGCACCUCAAGUUCGACCUCAAGGGCUCCACGUACAAGCGGCGGGCCAGCAAGAAGGAGAAGGAAAAGAGCAUCCCCACCUACAAAGACCUGGACUUCAUCCAGGACAUGCCUGAGGGGCUCAUGCUCGAUGCCGACACCUUCUCUGCGCUCGUCAAGACGCUGCAGCGCGACUGCCUGGUGCUGGAGAGCUUCAAGAUCAUGGACUACAGCCUGCUCCUGGGCGUGCACAACAUCGACCAGCAGGAGCGUGAGCGGCAGGCCGAGGGCGCCCAGAGCACCGCUGACGAGAAGCGGCCGCUGGGCCAGAAGGCGCUCUACUCCACGGCCAUGGAGUCCAUCCAGGGCGGGGCCGCGCGCGGGGAGGCCAUCGAGACGGACGACACGAUGGGCGGGAUCCCCGCUGUGAACGGCCGCGGGGAGCGGCUUCUGCUACACAUUGGUAUCAUCGACAUCCUGCAGUCCUACAGGUUCAUCAAGAAGCUGGAACACACCUGGAAGGCUCUCGUCCACGAUGGGGACACCAUCUCUGUCCACCGGCCCAGCUUCUACGCCGAGCGCUUCUUCAAGUUCAUGAGCAACACGGUCUUCCGGAAGAACUCCUCCCUCAAGUCCUCGCCGUCCAAGAAGGGCCGCGGUGCCUUGCUGGCCGUCAAGCCCCUGGGGCCCACUGCCGCCUUCUCGGCCAGCCAGAUCCCCAGCGAGCGGGAGGACGCGCAGUACGACCUGCGGGGGGCCCGCAGCUACCCCACGCUGGAGGACGAAGGUGAGCAGGCGGGCCGGGAGGCCGGCCAGACCUCCUGCCCUGCACACCGCCUUCUUUUGAGGAGGCCACCACCGCCUCCAUUGCCACGACCCUGUCCUCCACGUCCCUCUCCAUCCCGGAGCGGUCCCCCUCGGAGACAUCAGAGCAGCCGCGGUACAGGCGGCGCACGCAGUCCUCCGGACAGGAUGGCCGGCCCCAGGAGGAGGCGCAUGCGGAGGAGGACCUGCAGCAGAUCACGGUGCAGGUGGAGCCCGCGUGCAGCGUGGAAAUCGUGGUCCCCAAAGAGGAGGAUGCGGGGGAGGGGGCGUCCCCGGCCUGUGCCUCUGCCGCCGUCGAAGUGGAAACUGCCAGCCAGGCCUCCGAGCCCGCCAGCCAGGCCUCAGACGAGGAGGACGCGCCCGCCACAGACAUUUACUUUCCCACCGAUGAGAGGAGCUGGGUGUACUCCCCGCUUCACUAUAGCACGCAGGCCCACCCCGCCUCCGACGGCGAGAGCGACACAUAAUUCCUAUGCAGGCGCUGACAGAGCCAAGUGUCCGCUGCUGCCCUGGCUGCUCCCUGGAGGUGCUGCCCACCCGCUCAGCCCAGAGCUCGGGAGACGCCCGCCUGGCCGCCGGCCCUCGCCCUCGCCCUCGCCCUCGCCCUCCCCUCGACGGCGCCGAUGCUUGGGCUGCAGCGAUCCCAAUCCGGGCGGCUCGCCUGGCCCCGGCUCCCCAUCAGCUCCCUACGCCUGAUACUGUGAACUCUCCGUUUCCGAUCAUGUAUUUAUUUGGGGCCCUUAUUCUUUGCACAGACAUGGCAGCACACGUGUGUGUUUUUUUAGAAAAAGAAAAAGGCCAAAAAAAAAAAAAACCACCACACAAUGGAAAAGAAAAAACUCCAUUCCACUGCACUUCUGGUUCUUUGCUGUGCUUGCAUGUGUCUUGCUGAGGGAACCAGGCCCUAGGCUCUGGGAACCUGCACCCCACUGGAAUCCAUUCCAAGUCCUGGCCGGGAUGGACGGGCCCCUGGGACGGAAGGGCUGCGGGGUCCCCAGGGCGCCACUGGAGGCCUUCCACCGCGCCUGCCAGGUGCUCUUGGCUCAGGGUUUUGGGCCAAGAGCUGGACACCGUCCUUGAGGGUGGCCGGGCGGUGGCUGGGGGCGCUCUCCACCCUGUCACCCCUGCCGUCGCUCAGCAUCUGUUUCCCACCACCCACCUCCCCGGUGACCUUGAGCGGGAAUCACCAGGCGUGAUUAGAACCUCCAUGUGGACGCAAGGCCGCCCCCUCUCGGUGGAGCUCAGGGCCGUGGGCUUACCUCUCCUCCAGAAGACGGGCCAAGCUGGGAGGAGGCGGCUGGGCCCUCAGCCCACGGGACUUCCCGAGAGCCGUGUCCUGGAGCAGAGCCCCACAGUCAGGCGCCCGGCCUAGAGGACCAGACUCCCUUGAGUAAGAGGACUGAGGUGGGCGUCCUCUCUCUUUUUGAUGGUGGGGGCACCUGUGCCAAUUGAAGGACAGGAGAAGAAAUUCUCGGUGAAAAACAAGUUUUUUUUUUUUUGGAUGGUCAUCUUCAGCAGGGCAACCACUGCUGGGCCCAGAGCCCCACAGGGCGGCCGCCAGGGGCCCCUGCUGUGUCCACAGCAGGCUGCUGGAGCUGGCAGCUUUGCAGGGUCUCUCCCGCCUCUGGAGAGGGACACAUCAGGGAUGGUUUCCCCUGGCCUGCCCCACCCUGCGUGGGAGGAGCUGCGAGCUAGCGUGGAGUGGAAGUUGCACCUUCUGGGAAAAUUUCUCCGCACCUUUGCCUCCCUGGUGGAGCCUGAGACAGCUGGAGAACCCACCGACCCAGGAAUUUGAUUUUUUGAGUCCAUUGCAAACUGCGUACACUGCUGUCCUCCUGCUCGGCGGGCCCCUCCUCACCUCCCCGGCACAGCCCGCUUCGUGCGCCUGGCCGGAACCUGGUGUCUAGCUGCGCCUCUCCUCCCUGGAGAACCGGGCUGCGCCCUGGGGGCUCUCCCCGCGCAGGGCUGCCGGGGACACUUCAGCACGAAGCGGCUCUGAGAAGAGGACCUGUCCGAACAAGCCUGCGGGUGUCAUGGGCUAGAAGCAAAACAGCGUCCUCCCCUCCUGUCCACGGAAGGUGUGUCCAGACUCCAGAACGUCCUCGCCUGGACUUCACACGGGCGCCCUCUGCAGUGCCUGCCCCGUCCUGCCCGGGGGGAGGCGGGCUGAGUGGGCAGAGGUCUGAAGGGGACGAACAGGGACUGCUGAGUCGCCCAAAAGCCGACCGGAGUCCCCGCCCAGGCCCCCAGAGGCCGGGCACAGAGACACUGUGUCCCGUGGGGACCACCAGAGCAUCAGGCCCCACGUCCAGGGCGCCCUUAGCCACCUGGAGCUGCAGGAGCUGGCCCCUCAGGCUUUCCUGAGUGAAGCACGGAACAAAUGCACCAGUCGGAUGCUGACUUGGAGAAAUUUGCAAAUCUUCUGGUGAUCAAGACGUUUUCAUUUUUGUGCUAAGUCAUGAACACCCCUUUGAAGGCCCCCUUUGUGUUAGUUGCAUUCUUUGUCCCUUUUUCAGAGAACUGUCACACGGAUGCAAAGUGGUCUGCGGACUGGGCCGACGGGAGGCACGUGCUUAUGGUCAGGGCAAGGGUAGGAAGGCAGGACCUUAUUUAUCAUGUGUAGUGAAUUCGUGGCCUUCCCCAGACCCCCAGCAAGGAGGGCCCUGGACCCACCCAGCUGUCGCCCCUACCCCGCCCCAGGAUGGAAGUCUGCCGAUUCCUUUGUGGCGAUGUCCUGGUUCUGUCGCAGCUCGUCCCUGACGGCUGCUGUCACUGCGAAUGUGGGCACAAAUGUACAAAUGAAAGGCGUGUUCUGAGACUGACAAGGUGGAACCUCCGGUGUGUCCCCUGCUGGCCUCUGGCCUCUGCCUCCUCUCGCCCUCUCCCUCCACCACCUGGCUCAGUGCAAUACUCCCGUCCCACUGGGGCCCCCUGCCAUGGUACUGUCGCCACAGCCCCUCGGUCCCCACCCUGGGACGAGCACCCUUGGCCACCUUCUCUGGUGGUUCAGUUGCAUCGCCUGUCCCCAUCCCAACCCUGUUUUUAUGGCCGAACUGAUUUCCAAACACAAGGAAACUGCAAACCUUGUGUGUCUUAAUUCUCACCGGGGGUUCCGUGUGCUCAGCCCCCAUGGUCUGGUGUGUGACAAUCCGGGGCACAGCCUCCUCGGGCACAGGACGCCACCCCGCUCAAACCCAGAGCCGUGGGCGCCUCUGUAACCGCAGCCACUGCUGGUCCCGUAACACUCAUAUGCAGCCCCGGAACCCCACCCCCCCAGCCCGGCCGUCCCCGCCCCCUUUUUACGUGGAAGAGAUCUCUCUAAUAAAUCGGGUAAUAAGCA